AUGAAAGGAUUUAAUAUUAGUGUUACACCUAGUAAGUUGGAGUUCAAAGCCAAGAACGAGAAGCUGAGUUACAAACUUGUCAUAGAAGGUCCAAGAAAGAUUGAAGAGGAUGUAAUUUUUGGUUAUCUUAGCUGGGUUGAUUCCGACGCUAAACGUGUGGUCAAGAGUCCUAUAGCUGUCACAAGCUCAUCUUGGAGAAGCUGUGCUGGGUUGAGUUUUAAGAUAAGAAUCAUUUUAGAGAGAGAGAAAGAGAGCUUACCUCCAAGCCUGUUUCAGCUUCAGAACCUGACAAAGCUUCUCUUAAUUGCUAACGACAUUUUCGGUUCGAUUCCUCCUGAGGUGGGAAACUGUGUCUCUCUUAUUCGUCUUCGGCUUGUUAAUAACAGAAUCAGUGGAGAAAUUCCAAAAGGAAUCGGGCUCCUGAAAAACCUCAGUUUCCUCGACUUGUCUGAAAACCAUAUUGGUGGAACGCUGCCAGCAGAAAUUGGCAAUUGCAAUGAGCUGCAGAUGCUGAACUUAAGCAACAAUACCCUUCGAGGCACUCUACCUAGCUCUUUAUCUUCUUUGACAAGGCUUGAGGUAUUGGAUCUUUCUGUAAAUCAAUUUGUGGGUGAAAUUCCAAGUGGUUUUGGCAAACUUAGUUCACUCAACAGACUCAUCCUCAACAAGAACUCUCUGUUUAGAGCAAUCCUUUCCUCUCUUGGCCAUUGUUUGAGCCUUCAACUUCUUGAUCUUAGUAGCAAUGCACUAUCUGGCAUGAUCCCAGUGGAACUUUUUGAUAUUGAAGAUUUAUGCUCUGAACAAAUUAUCCAUUCUUGA